GGAAGGAAAGUUUGGGACCUGGAAAUACCCAGUUGUCAUGGUCAUACACGGAAGCUUGGCGUGAUCCAUGAGCUGACAGGAAAUCAGUCGACAAUUGGUCGCUGACAGAGUCACUUUGAAAGCACUAACUGAAAUGGCGGUUUUGUCAGUGAAUGUUACGCGUCUAUGAUAGGACGUUCAGUCAUUACUAGAUCAGCUGAUGAGUGACAGCUGGCAUUAUUAGUCAUAUCUCAACAAACGUGACAAGAUGAUCAACGCAGAUUUAACAUCUCCAUCAAAUUCACAACACUAGAGGAACCCUUCAUCAUGCAAACAGGAGUUGAAAAGACGACAUCCCUCAGGCGACAUGUUCAGAAGGUGAAGGUCGUGACUGUUGGUGACAUGGAUGUAGGGAAAACAUGCCUGACAUUGAGGUUUAUGAAGAAUACAUUCAACGAAGACAGUCGUGGCACUGUUGGUGCUAGUUUCCUUGCUAAGGCUGUGGACAUCCCAGACAAGACUGUUAUAUUUCAGGUGUGGGACACAGCAGGACAGGAGAGAUUCCGUAGUCUUAUCCCCAUGUAUCUCCGGGAUGCCAAGGCGGCCAUUGUUGUCUAUGAUGUCACAGACCUGGAAUCAUAUAAAAACAUCAAAGGUCACUGGCUACAGAUGCUUCACAAACACGGACCCACCGAUAUUCGAGUAGCCAUUGUCGGCAACAAGAUAGACAAGAUGUCAGAGAAGGUUGUACCCACAAAGGAAGCUCAGAAAUUUGCUGAGGAUCACAGGUUUCUUUUCAUAGAGACAUCAGCUCUCACAGGAGCCAACGUAGAAAAACUCUUUUAUGAUGUUGCCCAUCUUCUGGGAGAUACUCUAGAUGACGAGGUUCCCAGUCGAGAUAGUACAGAACUGAAUGUGCAGCUCUCCGAUGAAGUUCCUCCACUUGUAAAGAGCAGGAAGAAGUGCUGUACUCAUUUGUGAUGCUGGCUCAAAUCAUGUUGUGGUACAUGCCCACCUUCAGGUAGAUUGUUAUUAUGAAGGUGGAUAGAGUAGUAAACACAGUUUAACAUACUCACAUGUGGUGUGGUCAAACUCUGCUGUGUUGAAGUUGACCAGACCUAUGUAAAUAAUUUCAGGUAUCCGAGUCUGGUCACAACAGAAACCUAUGGUUAAAUACGUGGGUCCAAACUU